AAGUGAUCGUCUCCGAUCGACAGCGGACGGAUUUCUGUACGUCUUUCUUUGCCGUUCAGAGUAAACGAGACAAACCGAAGACAAGAAAAUGACCGGUCGCGGUAAAGGUGGAAAGGGUCUGGGGAAAGGAGGCGCGAAGCGUCACAGGAAAGUGCUCCGUGAUAACAUCCAAGGUAUCACGAAACCGGCCAUCCGUCGUCUCGCACGCAGAGGCGGUGUGAAACGUAUAUCCGGUCUGAUAUACGAAGAGACUCGAGGUGUCCUCAAAGUGUUCCUCGAGAACGUAAUCCGCGACGCCGUCACCUACACCGAACACGCGAAGAGGAAGACCGUCACCGCCAUGGACGUAGUGUACGCCCUGAAACGUCAGGGACGUACUCUCUACGGUUUCGGCGGUUAAAAUGUUUUCGAUGUUAUAUUUUGUAAUCAAUUAAAAAAUUUACAAAUAUAAU